AUGUGUUGGGGAGCUGGUUUAUUGUUCCGCCUGCUAAAUACAAAAUCAGCACAGCUAGAACAGAGGAAAUCUCUCACACCUCCCAGCCAGAUCAGUCUUCUCUUUCUAUAUACUGACCAGCUGCACAAAGCUAGCACCAGCUACAGUGGAGGUGUGGUCCCCAAGUACUUGUCACAACAGUGGAAUAAAGCUUCAGGAAGAGGUGAAGUGGGAAAACUAAGGAUUGCCAAAAAUCAAGGAAGAACAGAAGUGUCAUUUACUUUGAAUGAAGAGCUUGCAAGCAUCAAUGAUAUUGGAGGAAAACCUGCUUCAGUCAGUGCACCAAGGGAACAUCCAUUUCUUUUGCAAAGUGUGGGAGGACAGACCUUAACAGUGUUCACAGAAAGUUCAGUAGAAAGCCAACCGGAAGAAAAAUCUGAAAGCAGCAAUGCUGAUAAACUUUCUUUGGAAGGAAUAGUGGUGCAACGUGCUGAAUGCAGACCUGCAGCUAGUGAAAAUUAUAUGAAACUGAAAAGAUUACAGAUAGAAGAGUCUUCUAAACCUGUAAGACUAUCACAGCAGCUGGACAAAGCCGUAACCACAAACUAUAAACCGGUGGCUAAUCAUCAGUAUAAUAUUGAAUAUGAGAAGAAGAAGAAAGAAGAUGGAAAACGGGCUCGAGCUGAUAAACAACAAGUGUUGGACAUGCUUUUUUCAGCCUUUGAGAAACAUCAGUAUUACAAUAUUAAAGACCUGGUGGACAUAACCAAACAGCCAGUGAUAUACUUGAAAGAAAUUUUAAGAGAAAUAGGCAUCUACAAUGUAAAGGGGACCCACAAAAACACUUGGGAGCUGAAGCCAGAAUACAGACACUACCAAGGAGAAGACAAGAGUGAUUAACAAAAGCUUUUACAAAGCAAGAGAGAAUCAGAGUGAUUGCACUGAGGGAACUGUGGUGGGUUUACAGACAGGACUGAGCACAGCGCAAUUUUGCAAGGCUCAAGUUAAAUUCAAGCAGUUGAUCCUUUGUAAUUUUAUGUAGCUUCAUUUUUUUUUCCCCAAUAAAUACUUCUUAUGUGUUUCUGUAAGUGUUUUGUCUUUUGACAGGAAAAAAAUAUUUAUAGAAUAAACCUGUAUUAGAUUUAUCUUUGUUAGAAAUCUUUUGAGUUCUGAUCUUACUUUUUCUUGGUAGUUUUGUGGCUUUUCCAAGCCUCCAUGACUUUGAAGGAGUGUGUACUAGAGGAACCUGUAACUUUGUGGUUUUGCGUUCCAGGUUAAUACCCUUGCAUCUGCUGGGAUCUGUCAGGGCUUCAUCUGGAAGGCUGCAGAGGUACACAAUGCUCUGUACAGUGUUUGGGUGGAAAUUCCUUUUGGGGUUAGGCUUUAGGAAGAACUACAACCAUGGUGCUCAUCACAGUCCUUAGACUCCAUGGGAACAAAUCAACACAGUUAAAAAAAAACAUAAAGCAAAGGCUGAUACACAGGUCAGUGGGAAGACAAAAAUCCACUCCAGGUGAUUACUGAGAAAAAAAAUGAAAUGUCUGUCUAUUAUGUACAUCAAGGAAUAGAUUUAUCUUUUGAUUUUUUUUAUGUUACCUAUGGUUUAUGUUUAAGCAUAUCAAUAAAAGUGUUAUUUUAAUUUG